AUGUCCACGGCCACCUUAUCCUCGCUCUUGCCUGCGCCUUCGGCCUCAGUGGUAGAUGAACUGGAUGAUGACAACGUGCUAGGCAGCGGCGCGUCGCAGCAGAGUCUGUCGAUCGCUCCAAAAGCUAGCAUCCCUCCCUAUGGUCAAAGGAGCAACUGGAAACCUCGUCUAGAGGAGGAUUUUGCUGAUGGAGGAGCUUAUCCGGAGUGUCACUUGGCCCAGUACCCUAGAGAUAUGGGCCGCAAGAAGUCGGUGAGUGCCCUAGUCCCUCGGAUCGACGCGGCUCGAGCAAUGGUGCGAAGAUGGUGUGAAAAUGCUGACCGACGCCUUAUCCUCGCCUUGCCACUUCCUCAGGCUAAGCCGGGAAGCCAGCUCUCCCUGCAGGUAGACGCUGAGGGCAAUGUUCGCUACGAUGCCAUAGUCCAGCAAGGUCGCAAGGAUGGGCAGAUGGUGCAAUCUCGCCUGAAAGAUACGCUACCGAUGCAUGAGCGAGAUGAUAUGAAGGACGUGUCGCUAGAGAGACCGGACGAGGCAUCCGUCAUGUCGACCGCUGAGCGAACACGUUUGGCUCUGGAAAAGAUCACCCAGGGCAAGAUCAAAGCUGCUCAACCCAAGCAUGUAUCCAACACUGCUGGCAACAGCACUUUUGUCAGGUACACACCCGGAGCUCAGGGUGCUGCGGCUGGAGGAUCUCAAAGAAUCAUCAAGAUGACUGAACAGGUGGAGGAUCCGCUCGAACCGGCCAAGUUCCGCUUCAAGAAGAACCCGCGUGGCGAUCCAAGCCCUCCUCCUCCUGUGCUCAGAAGCCCUCCUCGCAAAGUCACGGCGGCUGAGCAAAAAGAGUGGAUGAUCCCACCUUGCAUUUCGAAUUGGAAGAACAACAAGGGUUACACCAUCCCGCUCGACAAACGUCUGGCAGCGGAUGGUCGAGGCCUGCAAGACGUGCACAUCAACGAUGGCUUUGCGCACUUUAGCGAAGCUCUGCACUUAGCAGAGAGACAUUCCAGAGAAGAAGUGCAUCAGCGCAGCAUCAUGCAACAGAAAUUGGCGCAGAAGGAGAAAGCUGCAAAGGAGGAGCAUUUGCGUGCGCUUGCUCAGAGAGCUAGGGACGAGAGGGCAGGCAUUGCACCUAGCGCCACGCCCAUGAGCAACGUGGGAGGUAGGAGCGACCCGACGGAUCGCAUGACUGCAGCAGGGGGAGGAUCGAUGCCUUCUGCGCUGGCGGCAUACGGCAGCGAUAGCGACAGUGACAGCUCGAGCGAGGAGGAUGAUGAAGCUGCAAGGGAGCGCGAUCGUGUCCGAGCAGAGCGUAAAAGGGACCGAGAGCGCGAGAUGCGCAUGGCGAGCAUGGGCAGCGAACAACGUGCUCGCAUGCUCGCACGAGAACAGAAUCGAGACAUUUCGGAAAAGGUUGCGUUGGGUUUGGCAAAGCCUACCAACACUUCGGAUCAGGUGGACUCCAGAUUGUUCAAUCAGGAAUCCUACUCUGCUGGAUUUGGAGAUGAUGAGAGCUACAAUACGUUUGACAAGCCGCUUUUCCAGGGAAGCAGCGCUGCUCAGACGCUCUAUAGACGACCGGCUGGAAAUUCGGCGGUGGACGUGUACGCUGCGACGGAGGAAGCUGCGAAUGAGGCCAUGAGAAAUGAUCGGUUCGGUCUCGGUAAAGGAAAGGCUUUCGAUGGCGCAGAUCUGCAAGAGGUGAGCGCGACCCUUUUCGACCUUGCCAAGCGGUGCGAGAUUUCAAGCCACUGAUCAUCUUUCUCUUCCCUUUUCUCUUCAGGAACGUUCGGGUCCAGUACAAUUCGAAAAGGACACCUCGGACCCCUUUGCGAUCGAUGCAUUCUUGGACGAUGCGAAACGGGGUACGAAGCGAUCAGGAAUCGAGACGUGAGUCAAAGCUGCACCACGACGGCUGAAACCGCAUUGACCUUUGCUGACUUGCCGCUCCUCAUUCGACUCGAUGCGCCACACAGCGCCAGCUCUUCCCGUACCAAGCGACAGAAGGAUGAAGAUGACUGA